AUGUUCUCUGCCAGGCCCAUAGUCACCCAUUUGAGGCCACGAGCCUCCUUCAGAGCCGUCCCUGCGGCCGUCUCCAGCUUGGCUCGCCUCAAUCGUGCCUACUCGUCCGCCAGCAACGAAAUCGCCUUUGUUUUCGACAUUGACGGGGUUUUACUCCGUGGUUCAAAGGCCAUUCCCCAGGCGUCUCGUGCUCUUGAGCUUCUCGACGACUACCAGGUGCCAUACAUUCUCAUGACCAACGGUGGUGGCAUCAGCGAGAGUGCCAGGAUCGAGUUCAUCUCGUCAGAAUUGGGAGUUCCUCUCAGUCCACUCCAGAUCGUCCAGAGCCAUACACCAAUGAAGGCGUUGGCCCACAAGCACGCGUUCGACAGAGUGUUGGUGGUGGGAGGUCCAGGCGACCAGGCUCGCAAGUGUGCCCAGGAGUACGGCUUUCAAGACGUGGUAAUGCCCAUCGACAUCGUGAGACAGCAUCCAGAGGCUUCUCCCCACCACCGCUUCACUCAGGAGGACUUCGACAAGUACGCUCAGCCAGUCGACUUGUCCAAGCCUAUCGAGGCCAUUUUGGUGUUCAACGAUCCCCGUGACAUGGGCACAGAUAUCCAAAUCGUGCUGGACCUCUUGAACUCGGAAGGUGGCGUGGUGGGGACCAAGAGGAACCCAGCCAAGCUCAAACACGCUGAGGAGCCUGCCAUUCCCAUCAUCUUCAGCAACAACGACUUUAUCUGGGCCAACGACUACAAUCUUCCUCGUUUUGGGCAGGGAGCCUUCCGCAUCAUCACAGAAAACUUGUACAAGGAGACCAACCGGUUGAAGGACCACCAGCACUUGCACUCGACCAUCAUGGGAAAGCCUUUCAAGCUCCAGUACGAUUUCGCCCACCACGUGUUGAUUGACUGGAGGAGAAGAAACAAGUUAGUGGCUUCGGGACACCAGGACCAGACACAUGCACCCCAGAUCUUGCCUACCUUGGGCGAGCCUCCCAAGGACUCGCCUUUCCACAAGAUCUACAUGGUGGGAGACAAUCCCGAGUCCGAUAUCAAGGGUGCCAACGACCACGGCUGGGAAUCGAUGCUCUUGAGAACCGGAGUUUACAAGGAUGAGGACAAGAACACCAUCAUUGCUCAGCCAACGGCUGGGGUCCACGACAACGUUUUGGAGGCGGUUCGGAGUGCGUUGAGAGCAAACAGGAUUCUUUGA